GACGAUGUUGACCCGUCGGUAAAAGAUGUUCAGGGUAACCCUAUCCAAUCCAAAGUUGCGAACUUGGGAGAAAGCUCGUUUUGUUUUCUCCAUGGCUGCUUCUACUGGCUUCUUAACACCUAGUCCAUCUUCUCUGUUUACUAAAAUUACUAGUGCCACAAUCCCAAAACCUUUUAUACCGUACGCCCACUUGCAACCCUUGUUCAAUUUUCGCUACCCCAAAUUCACAUGCUUUCCCCUGUCUUCCCCAACUAGGUUUAGCGCAGUUUUAGCGGUGGUAGAUGAGGAAACAGUGGCGGUUGAGGAUAAUGUGGACGAAAACGAAGAAGACAUCUACGCUUCUGUCCAGAAAUCAACGAACCGAUCAAGACCAUGUGAAUUAUACGUGUGUAACUUGCCGCGGAGUUAUGACAUUCCAGAGCUUCUCGAGAUGUUUAAGCCUUUUGGAGCUAUUAUUUCCGUUGAGGUUUCACGAAGCCCUGACACGGGUAUAAGCCGCGGAUCUGGUUAUGUGACCAUGGCAUCGAGAAUCUCAGCAAAAAAUGCUAUUGCAGCAUUAGAUGGAACUGACGUGGAUGGACGUGAAAUGCGGGUUAGAUUUUCAGUUGAUAUGAGUAUUGGGAAGAGGAUUACUGGGACACUGAAUUCAACACCCAAGAAGAUCUUUGUAUAUGAGAGCCCUCAUAAGUUGUAUGUUGGCAAUCUUGCCUGGGCUGUAAAACCUGAGGAUUUGAGGGAACAUUUUAGCCAGUUUGGGACUGUGGUCAGUGCAAGAGUGUUGCAUGAUCGGAAAGGAGGAAACGACCGUGUUUUUGCAUUUCUUUCCUUCUCUUCAGCUGCAGAACGUGAUGUUGCUUUGUCAUUAAAUGGAACAAAUUUUCAAGGUCGGACAUUAGUUGUUAGACAAGGUAUUGAAAGAACUGAACCUUGACUGCAGUUGUGAUGAGUAGAUGUUGAUGAAGAAACUUGUUUUAUCUACUGAAAAGGGAAUUAACUUGGAGCAUGCGCCCUGGCUGAAAUGUGCAGUCAGAAGAGCCGGUAUUUAUAAUCAACAGAAUUCAAAAUCUUGGAUCCUACUGCUCUGUUUGUGAAUUUUCAAAGUUUUGAUAUAUCAACUUCCACAUUAAAAUAUUUUGAUAAGAAGCUGUUCCAAUAUGGUAGUUGAUAUGAUUAGGGUUAAAUUUUAACACGUUCUAGUUUGAUUUUUAUUUGAGAUGUGUACUAUAAUUAUUCUUGAGAGCUCAAUUUUGAAAUUCUCUUGUGAUGAA